ACGGCCACGCGGAGAGAGCAGCGGUGAAAGCGGGAGCGCGCCUCCACGCUCAUCAGUCCUCCGCCACAUGGCUGGCUUUACUUUUGACUCUCUCCUCAGCCCAAACACACCAUGGUGUCCUGUGCUGGUAUGGGCUCAGCUUCGCACGGUAUUUCUCGCAUUGAUGUUGCAUUUGGCUGAAAUGAUUUCUCUUGCGUCUUGAACUUGUUUUUUUUCAAAAGGAAAAAGGAAGGUGAAUCGCUUGACUUCAGUGGAUGCUGGCGGAAGAAGUUUUUCUCAGAAGACACCUGGCAUAAAAACCAGUAGGCCGAAUUCCUGAGGGGUAUAGGCGACGAAGAAAAGAGCAGUCUCAGUUGGGAUCAAAGAAAGCAACUUAUCUCAUUGACCUGACAAGAAAAGCAGUCAUGCUCGGCGGUGAAGGGGAGAGCAGCACCUUCUCUUCUACGAAGGAAGCAGCGGAGGACAGGCGCAAUAAGUCUCCGGCUGUCGGUGGGGACGAUCCGAGCGCUGCCAGCAGGUACACAGAGCACGGGAUGGAUGCUGACCGUUACUACAUCCCUCCGACAGUUUCUAAACAAAGCCCAGAAACACCGAGUCCCUGCUCUUUUAUCCCGUAUACCCCCAGUGGGACAGUUUACACCCCGUCCGGCGCUGGCAGGUACCCGUCAUCUCUCCACUUGGGCUCCGUGUUGCCUCCCGCGGGGUUUUCCCCCUCCACCGCCGGCCGCAGUCACUUCAGCCCGGCUUACCAGCUCGGGCAGAGCCCCGGCUGCAUCUACCCGCCCUACACCGGCUCCGGGUCUGCUCUGAGCAACUUAACCCUCCCCACCGCCGGCGCGGGGGUCAGGGCCCAGGUGUACCUCUGCAACCGACCGCUGUGGCUCAAGUUCCACCGGCACCAGACCGAGAUGAUCAUCACCAAGCAGGGCAGACGGAUGUUCCCCUUCCUCAGUUUUAACAUAGCUGGUCUGAGCCUGACGGCGCACUACAGCGUGUUCGUGGAGGUGGUGCUGGCGGACCCAAACCACUGGAGAUUUCAGGGUGGCAAGUGGGUCACCUGUGGGAAGGCGGACAACAGCAGCCAAGGGAACAAAGUGUACAUCCAUCCAGAGUCUCCUAACACAGGGGCCCACUGGAUGAGACAAGAAAUCUCCUUCAGCAAACUGAAACUCACGAACAACAAAGGAACCAGUCACAAUACCUCGCAGAUGAUUGUCCUGCAGUCGCUGCAUAAGUACCAGCCCCGGCUGCACAUCGUGGAGGUGACGGAGGACGGGGUGGAGGACAUCAGCAGCGACGGGAGGACUCAGAGCUUCACCUUUCCAGAGAACCAGUUCAUAGCUGUGACUGCCUACCAGAACACUGAUAUUACGCAGCUGAAAAUUGAUCACAACCCCUUUGCCAAAGGAUUCAGAGAUAAUUAUGAUUCACACUGCCCUUCCUUGACCUCAAGUUCAUACGUACAUGUAUUUUCCAGGAUGUACACAGCUCAAGAAAAUGACCGGCUCACACCGUCUCCAACCGACUCUCCCCGUGCCCACCAGAUUGUCCCCGGUGCCCGCUACACCAUGCAGCCUCUCUUUCAAGACCAAUUUGUCAACAACCUUCCUCAGAAUCGCUUCUAUAACAGCGAGAGAGCAGUGCCGCAGACUAACAGCCUCCUCUCACCUCAGACAGAAGACGGAGCUUCGCAGAGGUGGUUUGUCACCUCCAUGCAGCAAGGCGGAAACGGCACUAACACCAGCAACAAACUAGACCUGACACCCUAUGAGGGAGAAUACUCAAGCUCCCUGCUUCCUUAUGGUAUCAAGUCCCUCUCCAUGCAAACAUCCCACGCUCUCAGCUACUACCCAGACUCUCCUUUCCCCACCAUGUCUGCAGGGUGGGGGUCCAGAACAGCAUACCAGAGAAAGAUUACUCCCAGCCUGCCUUGGUCUCCUAGGCCCGGUCCCACCGCUAGGUUCUCAGAGGACUCAAACAAAGUUAAACCACAGAUAGAAGAGGAAGUGAACGGCAGCGGAAGCCUGAUCUCCCCCUGGACAGAGACACAGCCAUCAGCUCUGUCCUUAGACAACGCUGAUUCUUAUUCCACAGCCUGCAAACGGAGGCGUUUAUCUCUCACUGGUCCCAGCACAGAGGACUCUGACAUCAAGUGUGAGGACUUGGCCUCUGUGGCCACCAACGGUAGCCCCUAUAGCAAAGAAGCACCCUCAUCCAAAGGCAUGGCAGCGUACUAUUCCUUUUACACAAACCCUUAAUUAUUUCAGUCUCUGAAAUGUUUUGUCUCUCAUUUUGGUUGUUCAUUUGCCAUGCAUACGUUUUUUUUUGUUCAGCUUUUUUAUUAUGGGUACACCCGGAGUUUGUCUAGGUGGUAUUAAAUGUGGUGAUCGUUGUUUUGUUUCUUCCUUUUGUGGUUACACAGGAAACACCAAGGGCACAUUCAUAUAAUGGCAUUAAAAGUGAAAGGGCGCGUGAGGCACAAUAAGCAUCAGCAUCCUGAAAUGUUGUUGCCAUAUUUCCUCUAUUCUAUUUUUAGUCCAUCUGUUCUCAUGGACUAUAUCUUUUUUUCACCGUCCCGUUUAUGAAACUCUGAAGAUGAAGUUUUGAAAGUGCCAAAGCAUUUAAGUUGCUGUAUAUGCCUUUACACUGAGGUUAUGUGUUUACAGAUUAUUUAUUAAAGGCCUGUUGAUAUGAAAUUUGUGCACUCAUAAAUGUAUCGAUAAUGUGCUGUAUAUACCUUCAUUGCAAUGUUCAGAAUUUUGAUAAUAAAAGGCAUGUGUUUUAUUGA